CCUUUAAACGGGUCGUACCAAGUACUGCGGGGUGAGGUUUAUCGUGUGCUCUGUGGCGCCCCCGGGCAGCCCGUCGGGCUGGGGCCGGCGAGGAGAGACGAGAAGAAGCCCCGAGACGCGCAGGGUUUUCGUCGCCGUCGCCGGGCGCUUUCCCUCGUUUUCCCAUGUCCCCAGCUCCUCCUCUGUGGGGAGGGUGAAUAGUUCAGUCCUACCAAGAUGGCCGCCACCAUGAAGAAAGCGGCUGCAGAAGAUGUCAACGUUACUUUUGAAGAUCAACAGAAAAUUAACAAGUUUGCAAGAAAUACUAGCAGGAUCACAGAGCUGAAAGAAGAAAUAGAAGUGAAAAAGAAACAGCUUCAGAAUUUGGAAGAUGCUUGUGAUGACAUCAUGAUGCUUGACGAUGGUGAUUCACUUCUGAUACCCUACCAAAUUGGAGAUGUCUUCAUUAGUCAUUCCCAAGAAGAGACACAAGAGAUGCUGGAGGAGGCAAAGAAAAGUUUACAAGAAGAAAUUGAAGCAUUAGAAUCCCGAGUGGAAUCAAUUCAGAGGGUGUUAUCUGACCUAAAAGUUCAGCUCUAUGCAAAAUUUGGAAAUAAUAUAAAUCUUGAGGCUGAGGACAGUUAAAGCUCAGAUAGCGUAAACACUGUUAGCUCAGUACACAACGUGGCAACAAGUUGACAGGGGACGAAGGAGGGCUCUUUAAAGCUCGCAUUGGUAUUGAAGAAAAGCUUUUGGAGUCACAGUCAUAUUCAGUCAUUUACUGCUUUGUAUUUGGGAAUCACAAAAGAUGCUGUAAGUCAGAAUGGUGAGUCUUAACGUCUAACUUUUCUGAACAAUCACUUUCUAAAUCCACAUUUAUGUACCAAUUUAACGUCAGAAUUGUUCAUAGAUGAUGUUGCUAUGUCAGCAUCAAUCCCCGAAACUGUCUCCACUAUGUGGUGUUGAAUGUAAUUUUUAAAUGUCUUAAUUUGCUGACUCCUUACAUCCUUAAAAAAGUUAUGUAUUGUCUCACUGUAAUUCUGCUUUUGGACUUUUGCCUGCUUUGAUUAAUGUAUUGUUCUGUGGAAAUGCUUAUUAUGACUUUGCUUUUAAAAAUUAAAUCUUAGCAUACUUAAAUCUUCUUUUUAAGCUAUUUUCCACAACAGUGUGGACAGAGAAUUCAGCUGGCCAAACAUUAACCUACAGUCAGUGUUCUUAAUAUAAAUAAUCAAGAGUAUGAGAUGAGUAUAUUUUUAUAAAGUGGUUAACACCUACCUAUCAUGUCAGUUGUGUAACAUCUCUUCUUUAAACAGCAUGAACGUGGAUGAAAAAACCCCACUUGGUUUCUCUAUUAUUGAAGUAAUUUGAACAGGGUAGUGAUACUGAACUUGAUCUUCACGACACCUGAGCAGGAUCUCACCAGUGCAGUGUUAUUUAUGAAUUGUAACUUACAUAGUUGUUGAUCUAAGUUUAUUAAUGUUGUAUAUAGUGUUCAGCAUAGCCGUAAGAGAUUUGUCCUCAACAGUGAAGAUCUAACACCUCAACACAAGCACUUGCAUUACAUACAGUGUAUAUCAGCUGAUGGCUGUAAGUCUCAAAAGCUGUGCUAAUGUUCUGUCUAGCUCUGGCGUUUCCCAAGUGUCUCUUCGGUAGAAUUCCAAUGGUUUGUAUACUUCUGCUGCUGGAUAUGUGUACAAAUACCCUGGCUAUAACUGUACAGACUUUUAACGUUGUUUUCUAACUGGUUGCAGUUUUAAUUCAAGCCUAUGCCUCAGGAAAGAGUUUGAGGUUUUUCCUGAGUGAAUACUUCAGCUACUCUUAAGUAAAAUAUGGAUAUGGUAGCCAUGGCAACUCUGUUGCUGUCUGCAAGCCAGUGCUUGUAGCAAAUCAAGUGUGUUGGGCCUUCAAGGAGGUACAGGUGGCCAUUUGUUUGAGAGCAGCCGAUAUGAGUAUUGUGGACUCAGGUGACUUAGCUCUGCCUUAUCCUGCUUUAUUAGGUAUAGCUCUUAGUCCAAAACUGUCUUUCAGGACAGUGCAGUUUGAGAGCUAAGUAAUGCAAAGUUACAGUCUUAGGAGAUCUUGGGGUUUUUUUUCUAAACAACCAAACCAUUCAUUUGGUAUGUUAAAGUAAACCAUCCAAUGCACUUGACUCUGUAAUUAUAGACCAAAGGAAAUGUAAAAGACUUUUUUUUUUUUUUUUUUUUUCUUUUUUUUUUUUUCCCCACGUGAAAACUGAGCUAGUGAUGGAGUUUGACCCAUAAUGGGAGGCAUCCAGCAGAUGGCAUCAAAGAACUGGGAAACCCAUUUUACGGUAAGCCCAUGCCUAGGCUGAGAGUGCCAGUGCUGAUUUUAGUGAAGUGAAACUUUGGCUGCAAUGAUCACAUUCUCAUUAAUUGGUCGGUAACACUUCGAAAUUCACUCAUAAGUGAUUGCUGUGCCAGCUCUGCUGUUCUGAGCAUAUUCAAAGCUGUGCAGAUUGCAGGUAUUUAAAAUGAUAGUGAUUUCCAGAUAGGCCAUAGUAUGGAUAUGGCUUCAUUAUGGAAAAGAAAAAAGCAGUUAGUAAGGUUCAACUGUGAUUCCAGUGGCAGCUAUAAAGCCAAUGAGGACAUUACUUCAAUAAAGGACCCAAAGGGAGAAUGCUGGUGAGGUGUGAAGAGCUUGUAUUAUCGCUGCUGUUCUUCAGUAUCCUAGAAGUGGAAUUGUCCAUAUAUACACCCCUGGUGUUUAGGGAAAAGAAGGCUGUUCGAGUGUUCUUGUGAAAGCCAAAAGUCUUUCUGGCGCUGGAUUUCAGUCCUUUGCCAUUUGUUUUGUGACCCCACCCCCUAAUUUUCUUUCUUUCUUCUGGUUAUCAUGGUGUUGGUAUAUUUUAGGCCAUUUCACUAGGCCUUCUGGCACUACUAGAGUUUAGGCUUUUAUGUGUAUGGUGCAUCUUUCCUGUUUGCUUAGUCCUUACUACAAACUGUAUGUCCAUGCAGCCUUGAAAAUCUAGGUGCGUUUUUGCACAUGUAAUGUCCAGUUUCCUUUUAUGGUUUGGACAACUGUGUUCGCAAGUCAGGCAAGUAAUUACCCAACAAACUCUUUCAGAUUAGUCUCUGAAUUUUUGUGUUUUACAGAACAUGCUGUCCCAGGCUAUCAUUUGAUAUUUUUAUAUGCAUGGAAUAGAACAUACAGGAAACUCUUUAUUGUUCUUAAGUUGUCAUUGUAGAAGUUAAUUUGCAGAUUGUCCAUCAGUUACUUGAAAGUGUUUGACAGAUUCCUAGUUUUUCCUUUUAAUAACCUUUCUCCUCCCUUGUGAAUAUAUGCAACUGUUUUUCAGUUGACAUUUAUUCUGUUUAGUGCCCCAUCUUCUAAGUACUUUUUAUUUUUGGUAGAUCGGAAAUUUCUGUUAGAUCGGAAAUUUCUGUUAUCUCUAAUGUUUGCCCUACAGUUAUCUUGUUCAGAUAAUGUAAGUCCAUAAAAAAACCCCCGAUCCUCUGUUCACUUCUGUACAUGUCAGGAAUCAUUUAGCUGCACUUGACAAUAUACAUUUUUUAUAUUGUCAAAAUGCAAAUAGUCAUUCUCUGUAUUGUCAAGGGGGUCACAUUUGUAAAGUACUUCAAAGAUGAAAUGAACCGUAAAAGUGCCAAGCAUUAUUUUAAUCUAAGAGCUUUGUUUAGAGCGUUGGGCCAGUGAUCUCUUAUGAUCAAUUAGGGACUGAAUUAGCUAUUCGUCUCCAUAUUUGUAUUAAAGUACAGUUUCCAUACUGUUUUUGUUUUGCCAGUCAUAGAGCUGCCAGUGGCUGGCUUUUCACUUGGUUGCAGCAAUUAAGCAGGUAAACUAUCAAAACUGCAGCCAGUGAAAUAUGGCUCGUUUCAGUGUAUGAUGUCAAGGAAACUUAACUUACCAGUUUUUCAAAGUAGCCUGAUUAAAAAAAAAAUAAUCUGUAAGACAUAGUAGGACAAAAUGAUUAUAUUUUCAGGGGCUUGUUUGUGAUUCUGUAUCUUGUCAGUGGGUAUAAAAAUAUUUUCCACAUGAUGAUCUCUAGCAUAACCUUCUCCAGUGGAACCCUCAUUAUUGCUCGUCGCUUUUGUAUUGAAGACCCUCGGAUACCAUUACACUCCAUAAUAUAAAUGUGGUUGAUAAUUAUUCAAUAAUUAUAAGGAAGUGGUGUGUAGCCAAAGUACAGAUAAUUUUCUGGUAUUAACUAUCACUUCAAAGAGCACAAAGAGAUUGAAUGCUGAAUACCAAAGCCAUAUUUUCUGUAGGAGCAACAGAAUUAAGUAGUUUGGCUUGCAUGAGUCAGUGGUUCAGAUAAUUUAUCUAAUGUUAUUCUAAUAGUCUGAUUCAUGAAAGAGAAAAAAAAUGUGGAUGUAUGAUAAGGUCUGACAGAAAUUAUUUACAACCAAGUUUGUCCUUAUAUUGAUUGUAUGAGUCAUACAGAAAACCAAAUUAUUUUUGUAAUUAAACGUUAGCUGCUGAUUCGACUGCACAGAACGCAGUGCACCAAACACAGGCGUAAAUGGCUAUGCAGAUUUCCCUCUGCAAGAGAUGAAACAGGUUUACAGUUAAGGGGGACUGCAUCCAGCUGUUAGAGAUGUAAUAAAUUACCAACCUGAGUAGAACAUCAGCCAUUUACUGCAGAAUUACAGAAAUCUUUUAUUUGCUGUUGCUCUCCAACGGUGGUUAGUGUGCUGUGACUUUGAUCUCAGUUGGUAAACUGCAGGUAUCAUUAGGUGGCCCUCUAUACUGGUGCCAGCAAACCCCACACUUGAGUCUGCUGAGUGGUGGGGUGCAGGGUUAUAAUGCAAGUUCGUCACAGGAUUGCUUCAGGAUAACCACUGUGGUCCAGUCUGGCAUUAUUGCCACUUGUACAGGGGAGAGGAGAGGCAAGAUGUACUUGAUGUUAAAAAAGUACUACACCUGGCCAUUUCCUUAAGCUAUUCAGAAAAUUUCCUCUUUGCUUUCUCAACACAGCCCAGCACAAGUGAAGAAAAACAUUGUUCAGUGGAUUUUUAGAUUCUGUUGAGUUUUACCUCUUCAAGCACAGUACAGAAGUCCAUCAUGUCAUCACAUGUUUGGAUGAUCUUCUUGCCUUGUUAACUGUAGCCAGUAGGACAGUGCAUACCAGACUUAUAGUGCCCAGGUAAAGUUACAACUUUUAAAAAAUUAUAUUUACAGGUGAAAUUUCUGCUGUCUAAUAGGUGUCUGGGUAGAAAUGUGAAUUAAACCAGACUGAUUGGUAAGGGCUAGUCAUUGAACAAUAACCUAUAGCAUGUAAGUAUAAAACCUGACUGCCUUUGGGUACACAAUAGCAGUAAAUCAACUCAGAUAAAAAUUAUUAAUCUUAACACACAUGGCUAAGGACCAAUGGUAACUCUACACCCAACACUGUUUUUAUUAACACUUCGGGGGAAAAUAAUAAAACUUUCAUUUCUGUUGUGAAAGCUUUUCCUUUCCCCAGUUGCUUAAUAUUGCUAUUAAAGGUUCAUCCGUAAAAGCUUUAGUUUGGUUUUGAAAAUGUCUCCCAGCACCAAUGUUAGACAUGUCUACACUCUCAAACAGCCUCUGGGGAAGUUUCUAAACUUCAGACUUGUCUCCCCUUUCUAGGGGCUAGAGAAGUGUUCGUAUGUUUUUCAUGUAUGUGCGAAGACAAAUACAUUAUAAUAACUUAGGCUUUUGAAAAGAAGAGCAAUGGAUGUGUUUGCAGUGUUCAGGAUAGCAUUUAUAGUGGUUGACUUUUGAUGAGGGAAGCAAGGAUAAUUUCAGCCACAGAUGGAAAUCCUGGCAACUCCUGUGCUGCUUAGGUAGUUAGCUGUGUUAAACCCGUAAAAAUGUGCCCCAAACACUUCACUGUUUUUUGGUUGGGUUUUUUUUUUUUUUUUUUCUUUUGAGGUACAAAGUCAAAAUCAUAUUAAGGGUGACAGUACAUUUUUCCCCUCCUUGGCUUAUACAGUUGUUUACAUGAAAGACGGCAUUAGGAGAUAAGAAUUGUAAACAGAUACAUGGUUAGGUAGGUUAAUACAAACAUCUCCUUCCAAGUCGGUAGUUGAAGUCAUUCAUAGUCCUUGCUGUAUCUGUAAUUAUUCUGCAUAUGGAUAGAAAUAUUAGCAAACUGUUCAUUUCAUGUUUCUGGCCAAGAUCCUUCAUGAAGGCAGGCCUCUUUAAACUCUACAGCAUUUCUUCUGCCUCUUUCCCCUCUCCCCAGCUACUUUUCCCACUGCAGAGAGUAAAUCUGGUUGGCUUAUUGAAGCA